AUGGGAGAACUCAAGAAACUUGUUGAAGAGGGGAAAAUAAAAUACAUAGGUCUAUCUGAGGCCUCAGCCUCUACCAUUAGAAGAGCACAUGCUGUUCAUCCAAUAACAGCUGUUCAGCUGGAGUGGUCUCUGUGGUCAAGAGACGUGGAGGAAGAAAUUAUUCCUACUUGCAGGGAGCUUGGAAUUGGGAUUGUUGCAUACAGUCCUCUGGGACGCGGAUUCCUCUCGUUGGGCCCAAAGCUAUUGGAUAGCUUGUCAAAUGAGGACUUCCGGAAGUAUCAACCAAGGUUCCAACCUGGCAAUCUUGAACAUAAUGCAAAACUGUAUGAGCGGGUUUGUGAAAUAGCAGCAAAGAAGGGAUGUACGCCAUCACAGCUAGCAUUGGCUUGGGUUCAGCACCAAGGGAAUGACGUGUGUCCCAUUCCGGGUACGACCAAGAUUGAGAACCUCAACCAGAACAUUGGAGCUUUGUCUGUAAAGCUUACACCGGAAGACAUGGCUGAGCUCGAAUCCAUUGCUUCAGUUGAUGCAGUCAAGGGUGAUAGAUAUGGGCCUGGUAUGUCUACUUGGAAGACUUCAGACACUCCGCCGUUGUCCUCGUGGAAAGCUUAAUAAUAAUGUGCUUUCACUGUGUGGUAAUUACUGCGUUUAUUGGUUUUGGAAAACUUUAAGUGUCUUUUUGUGCUUUGUGAGUGUUCUGAAACUGUGAUGUGUUUCCUACAUUGCACCCUGUUCCGCGAAGCCAGCCAGCGAAGCAUCUGUUACAUAAAAAGCUUGUGAGCUCUUGUAUGAUUGUUCCAUAAAUAAAGAUCUGGCAUGGUUAUUGAGAGGCAGACAUGAUUGUUCGGGCGAUUGUAACGAAACAUAAGACUAUCUUUGAAGCUUUUUUCACU